GGGGCUGUGGGUUUUCUGUAGUCGGAGCUUGGGGACUGUCCGUGGGGACCUUAAAGGAGGGCCACCCUCACUUCCCCGAGCCAGUCCCAACGUGCAGCCCACAACUUACUAGGACUCGGCGCGCCCCCGGCCAUGGCAGCGCCGUCGCGGCUCCUGAUCCGCGGGGGUCGCGUGGUCAACGAUGACUUCUCGCAGGUGGCCGACGUGCUGGUGGAGGACGGCGUGGUGCGGGCGCUCGGACGCGACCUGCUGCCGCCUGGGGGCGCUCCCGCCGGGCUGCGGGUCCUCGACGCUGCCGGCAAGCUAGUCCUGCCCGGCGGCAUCGACACGCACACGCACAUGCAGUUCCCCUUCAUGGGCUCGCGGUCCAUCGACGACUUCUACCAGGGCACCAAGGCUGCUCUGGCAGGAGGUACCACCAUGAUCAUUGAUUUUGCCAUUCCUCAGAAAGGCAGCUCCCUCAUUGAGGCCUUUGAGACCUGGCGGAGCUGGGCUGAUCCCAAGGUCUGCUGUGACUACAGCCUUCAUGUGGCGGUGACGUGGUGGAGUGACCAGGUUAAAGAAGAAAUGAGAAUCCUUACCCAGGAUAAAGGGGUUAACUCUUUCAAGAUGUUUAUGGCCUACAAAGAUCUGUACAUGGUGAGAGACGUGGAGCUGUAUGCGGCCUUCUCUCAGUGCAAGGAGAUUGGAGCGAUUGCUCAGGUCCAUGCAGAGAACGGAGACUUAAUUGCAGAGGGAGCAAAGAAGAUGCUGGCACUGGGGAUAACAGGCCCCGAGGGCCACGAGUUGUGCCGCCCCGAAGCCGUGGAGGCCGAGGCAACUCUGAGAGCCAUCACCAUCGCCAGCGCCGUGAACUGCCCUCUCUACGUGGUGCACGUGAUGAGCAAGUCCGCGGCCCAGGUGAUCGCCGACGCCAGGAGAGAGGGGAAGGUGGUCUAUGGAGAACCCAUAGCAGCAAGUCUUGGCACGGACGGCACUCACUACUGGAAUAAAGAAUGGCACCACGCAGCCCACCAUGUCAUGGGUCCACCCCUGCGGCCAGACCCUUCAACGCCCGGCUUUCUCAUGAAUCUCUUGGCUAACGAUGAUCUCACCACAACAGGGACUGACCACUGCACUUUUAACACCUGCCAGAAAGCCCUUGGGAAGGAUGAUUUCACCAAGAUUCCCAAUGGAGUGAACGGUGUUGAGGACCGGAUGUCAGUGAUAUGGGAAAAAGGCGUGCAUAGUGGUAAAAUGGAUGAAAACCGAUUCGUGGCAGUUACCAGCACGAAUGCAGCCAAAAUCUUCAAUCUUUUUCCAAGAAAAGGGAGAAUAGCUGUGGGAUCAGAUGCUGAUAUUGUCAUUUGGGACCCAAAAGCUACAAGGACCAUCUCAGCAAAAACUCAUCAUCAGGCUGUUAACUUCAACAUUUUCGAAGGCAUGGUCUGCCAUGGGGUCCCCCUUGUGACGAUUUCAAGAGGCAGAGUAGUAUAUGAAGCUGGAGUUUUCAAUGUCACGGCAGGAGAUGGGAAGUUUAUUUCUCGCAAGCCAUUUGCGGAAUAUAUUUACAAACGAAUCAAGCAGCGGGACCAGACUUGCACACCAACCCCUGUGGAGCGCGCACCCUAUAAGGGAGAAGUCAUCAUGCUGAAAACAGCAACAAAAGAAGACUCCUCAACUGGGACCAGGACACAGGCUUGCCCCUGAGCUCAGUGCUGUUGGUAAAAUCAGAGAAGAGGAGGCUGCCGUUCCCUUCACAGUCAAACAUCGUCAGCCCAUAGAGAAGCAGGCCUUAUUUCAACUCCCAAGAUCCUUCAGGAAAAAAAUCGCUCUAGGCCUCUUUGAUUUUCUUUCAGAAGCAAUUGCUGUCUUUCUCACUGUGCCUUUGUUGCUGCGUAAGAUUGAAGAUAUAAAUGUGUAUUAUUGUAAUGGAAAGCAAAAUUUCAUUGAUGAUACUUUUAAAUGCCAUUUUGGCUUGUAGUAGAUUUCUUUCUUUGAAUUUUUAAAUCUCACUUUCAUUUAAACUUUUUAAAAAAAUUGCUGCAUUAGCUUCAAAUAGCACCACGAUUUCACAUUUUAUUGUAAUUAAUAAACAUUGAAAUCUUUAUUUUAUAUCCUA